GCAGCGUCACUGCGUUUAUAGCUUCCGAAGACGUGACGUCACCGUCUCAUCUCGCGAGACUGACGAAACUGCGUGAGAGCGGGCCGGAAGGACCCGAAGAGCUGCGCAAGUAAAGUGGACGUUUAUAAAUAGUGAGCUGGACUGUACCAUUCGGGAGGAGCAAUGGCAGCAAGUGAAAACAAUAUGGAAGAGAUAAAUCCUGUGUUGAGAAUAAGUCAACUGGAUGCUAUUGAAUUAAACAAGGCGUUAGAGCAAUUAAUCUGGUCUCAAUUUAGCAGUUGUUUUCAGGGAUUUAAACCAGGACUUUUGACUCGCUUUGAACCAGAGAUUAAAGCCUCUUUAUGCCUUUUCUUGUGGAGAUAUACCAUUUACACCAAGAAUGCUACAGUGGGACAGACCAUUUUAAAUAUGCAGUACAAGAAUGACUUGGCAGUAACAAAGAAAUACAGGCCUUUGAAUAAACAGCAGAAAGUUUGGUUUGCACUCUUCUUGGUUGGUGGUAAAUGGCUGGAGGAGAGAUCCUUUGACCUAUUCAGUAAUCACCCUUUCGGGGCUUCAUUUCAGAGGACAAAAUACUUUCUUAAUGCCAUAUCUGGGCUUCUGAAGUUCGGAGCCCUCUUAAAUUUCUUGAUUUUUCUGCAGCAGGGAAAGUUUGCAACUCUGACGGAACGUCUUCUAGGCAUACGGUCUGUUUUUAGCCGACCUCAAGAUGUCCGUCAGGUCGGAUUUGAAUACAUGAACAGAGAAAUUCUGUGGCAUGGAUUUGCCGAAUUUCUUAUUUUUCUUCUUCCUCUCAUAAACACACAGAAAUUGAAAUCAAAGUUGUUUUCUUGGUGUAAACCUGCUAAAAGUCACGGCGUCAGUGAUCCAUCCUUGGCCGUCAUUUGUAAGGAGUGUUGCCUGUGUGGAGAAUGGCCCGCUAUGCCUCAUACCAUCGGCUGCUCUCAUGUCUUUUGUUACUACUGUAUAAAAAGCAAUUACAUGUCUGACAUGUAUUUUACCUGCCCGAAGUGUAGCUCACAGGUGCAUAAUCUGCAGCCCCUGGAAUUCAAAAUUGAAAUUUCCGAAGUGCACACCUUGUAGAAUAAAUGAAAGGGCAAAUUUAUCAGGAAA